ACCGGAUUAGACUUCCAUUGUCAUUCUCCCGUGUCUGAUUGUGAGACGAGGAAUUUUGGCAAACAUUUGCUCAAGCGCAUACCUGUUGUGGAAAACUGUUACAGCCUGUGGAAUACCAGACUGACUAGCAGUGUGGUGCCCGUAGAGGUGCUGGUGUUUUUGCUUUUCUGAUCGCUUUUCGCGUGCUGCAGGCCUGCAGUCACAGCAGCCAGUUUCUGAGUUUCAGACUUCACAACUUUUUGAUUACUAAGUAAUCGUUACUUACUACAGUAAGGUUUCAUGCUAAGAUGGCCAAACAUUUUGGAAAGAAGGUUGAUUUGGGCCAGCCGCGUUCGCCGUCUCCUGAAGCAGAUGCAUCCACUGUGACCUACCCGAAGCACCUGUCAGCUCCAUCAUCUCCGCCUCCGGAUCCUUUUUCGCCAGAAUCGCCACAGCACGGUUCUUCUUAUGCAGCAAACCGUUCUCCCGUGUACAUGACAUUCGACGGCGACAUCGUGGGGGAUCUAGGCGGCGGCAAGAGCGUCCGCACCAUCAGCACCCUUCCCGUGAUUCCCCCCUGCCCCCCGAAACCAGGGGUCCCAGCGCCCCCACCCCCUCGCGAACGCGCACCCCCCACCUUGGUCCCGCGUGCUGUGAUGUCAGCCCAUCGCCCUCUUCCAUCAUUCGUGCCACUUGGUCGUCCCGUGUUUCGACCGACCAUCACGGUCCCAACGCUAACUGGUCCUCCCAUAAUCCAACCAGCAUGGAUUGCUGGCGUCCCUCUCCCCACACGCGGGAGGCUGGCACCCCUCCCUCGUCCACCGCCCCCCGCACCCAUCAGAACCACACCCGUUCCACGCCCAGCGCCCCCGCAGCCGUGGUUAAGCCAUCCCCAACGGGAAGACAGGUGGAGGGGACGCAGUGUCCCCGGAUUCCGUUGGUACCUCCUUUUAAAGUGGUCUCAUCUUCCGCCGUGGUUAAUUCCGGACGCGCUUCAAUCUCGUCGAUUUUUAGCAGCGACACUGAGAAGGAGGGAAAGGGCUACGUUCCAUAUCAUUCCGGAGGGCUGAUGUUGGGUACGCGGGAACAACCACCGGACACCCGGAGAUCUCGCUCGCGAUCGCCGCGAUACAGUCGGUCGCGCAGUCGUUCCCCGCAACGCGAUUCGCGUCCGGUCCGGCGGAGAAGCCGAAGCCGGUCCAGUUCGGAGAGCAGCCAGUCCCGUUCCCGGAGACGACAGUACCGCCGAUCGCGGUCGGAUUCGCGAGACCGCACAACGCGUCGAGGCACGCGGUACUCGUCACCGCGUCGUAGUCGAUACUCUUCGUCGCGGUCGUCUUCACGAGGCAGACGUUCAUCGUCACGCGGGAGACGCUAUUCGCGGUCGUUAUCACGGACCAAACGAUAUUCGCGUUCGCCGUCACGAGAUCGACGUCGACCUCCUCGUCGGGAUCGAUCGCCGUCCAGCGAUGACCGGAGAAGCUCGCAGCGCUCGUCACGACGGAAUCGCUCAUCGUCGCGGUCCUCGCGCUAUCGAUCCCGCUCGCGAUCCGUUUCGCGCGGCCGUCGAUCUCGUUCGCGAUCCGCUUCGCGCGGUCGCUAUCGAUCGCGUUCGCGGGAUGUCUCACCAAAGAGUAGUUCCAGCAGUAGCAAGCGGCGCCGCUCAAAAUCACCCCGGAAAACUUCGGAGAAGCGCAAGGAUAAGGAAGAAAGUCAUUCCUCACCGAAGAAGAAAUCAAAGAAAAGCAAGAAAAGUAAGAAAGAUAAGGGCGGAGUGUCAGGAGGCGAUGUUACUGCGGCGCAAAAAGCCAAGCCCACGGACACAGCGAGUUGGUGUUCCAUUAUCACGGAACCUAUUUCAUGCGACAGUGGACCAGUAAAGGGGGAGGAAAAUGGUGUCAGCAACGAGCAGCGCGGUACUGUCACUACAAUCAGCAAGCUGCCAGCCGAAACUGCUUUGAAAAUGGAGGAACUGUUUCUGCCGUGGGUGCAGGGCUUGAUCGAGACGGAUACGACGGUGCACGAAGACGAACGACGAGAAGCUGCUGCAGAACUGGAAGAUUUCGGUUCCAUACACGACGUUUUGAUGGAUCUCGAGGGAGAGGAACUGAAGGAAACGCUGGAAGAACUGCAGCUGUGGUGGCCUGUUGAUGAUGUCCAGAUGACUGUGGAAUAAAGGGGAAUUAGCUGUUUGGAUCGGUAGCUAGGGAUUGUUUUUUUAAUGUUUUGUAUUUUGCCGAUUUCUCGCUUGAGUAUCUUAGUUUUUCGUUCUCUUAGGGACUAAGCGGAUUUUUUGCUUUUUAUCGUGUUAAUAUUUGGGGUUUUGACUUCUCGGUUUCUAGUUGACUGGCUUUCUUAGAAUGUUCCUCCCUGCUUAAUGAAACGCAGAUCUUUAAUAAA